AUGCCAACCAGAGAUAUUAUCACUAGAGCAAUAUCUAGUGCUAAAGAAUGGGCGAUAGGAAAUGAGUGUAAAUCCAAGAUCAAGGAGUCUAUGGUGACUUCGAUUUCCUCUGCAGAAAUACAGGAGGUGACAUGUCACACAUAUGCAGCUUGGAGAGAAGACUUGAAACUAGCAGGACUAGGGUGGAUGCUAUGUAGCCAAUUGACAGGAACUCUUCGCAGUUUCUCUACAUGCGCUACUUUUGUCUCCUCACCAUUAGUAGCCAAAGGCUUGGCUAUCAGGGCGACCUUACAUCAGGCGGUUCAAGAAGGAUUAAGGUCUCUGUCGGUAAAAUCCGACUCCUUUCAAUUGGUUAGAGCCAUCAACUUUGGUUCUAAGAUUACAAAACUUCAUGGAAUUCUCCAUGACAUUUCCCUCCUAUCUUUACGAUUUGAGUCUAUCUGCUUUUCGUUUAUCCCUCGUAUUAAGAACACUAUCGCGGACUCCUUAGCAAAGGAUGCUCUGUUUGAUCAUGACUGUCUUUACCAAGUUUAA